CACACUUUGACUAUUCAGCACGAUCUGAUUUAUCCACUUCACCAUGGAGGGGCAGAGGUAUCCCAUCAGUGUCAGUCUGAUUGGAGUGAUGCACAAGGAGAAGAGCAAAAUGUACAUGACUUCUGUGCUUUGGUCGGACCAGAAUGACAUCGUUGUUUACAGAACUUUUCCGGAUUUCGUGAAAAUGCACAAAGAACUGAAGAAAGCAUUCCCAUCUGCAAACAAACUCAAAAAAUCCGACAGAAUCAUCCCCAAAUUUAGAGCCAUGAAGAUGAAGCGCAGCAGCAAUAAGAAGGGUCCCUCCAAGUCACUCGUUCGGCUCAAAUCGUUGCAGAAAUACUGCAGUGAACUUCUAAACUGCGACCCCAGAGUGUCUCAGUCUUCAGUGCUCAUCCAGUUCUUCCACCCCAAAGAGCAGGACCUGCACCCCGAGUUCUCCAAGAACAGCAUCAUGAUCAUGCCUUCAGAGGAUGAAGUCAGGGCCAACGGUGGUGGCGGUAACGUGACCCAGCCGUUCGUCACAGAGACAUACAGGUGUGUGGCGCCGUAUGAGACCAAAGACACCAAGAACAAACCUUUCAAAGUGGCGCUGGAUGAAAAAGUGGACGUGCUCAUCAAGGACAAAGCAGGGUGGUGGCUGGUGGAGAAUGAAGACAAACGCAUGGCCUGGUUUCCUGCACCUUACCUGGAGAAGAUGGAGAGUGAUGAUGAUGAUGAUGAUGAACUGGAUGGGAAUCCUGACAGAGGAGCACUGUACUGUGCAGUCAAGAGCUACAAGGCCACCAAAGAUGACGAGAUGACUGUUACCAUCGGUGCAGUGGUGGAGGUCCUACAGAAGUCUGACAACGGCUGGUGGCUCAUCAGAUACAACGGUAAAGCAGGCUACAUUCCCUCUAUGAACCUACAGCCGUACAACUAUCCUCACCUCCGCAUGACACCAAAUCAGCAAGACGUCCCUCCCUCCUCCCCGUUCUUGGCUCCAAACUUAGAGCAGCAGUCACACCAGUUUAGCCACUCUCAAGGAAACUUGCUGCUGCCUCCACCUGUCAGGUCAUCCUCGCCACGCCCACUCCAAGCAGAGAGCAGGCAGAUGUCACGCUCUCUCAACGUCUUGUCUGACCAACCUCCUCCUCCUCCACCAGCCAGAGCCAGGACCCCAAAUCCUCAGUCAACUUCUAGAGCUGCCAUCAUGCCGACGGCCACCAAUCGUCCCGCUCCUCCUGCAAUCAUGGUGGAGAUGGACGGAGAGGACGCACAAGGCGGCAGGAGCUGGAGAGAGAGCGAGGGGAGCUUAUCCAACGACAGCUCUGACUUCAGCUUCAGUGACGACCUCAGCUCCUCCUCGGCGAGUUCCACCUUCAACCUGAGUCCAACCAGCAACGAUGACCAGCUGCGUCUUAGCCGUACCCCUCCUCCGCCAUCCAGAAACCGCCUGAGCCCGACAAGCGGCCAGGAGGGGAGACUGAUGCCCAGCAUCUCUGAUCCAAACCUCUACAAGAGCCCGUCAACACCCAAAAUACCACCAAGACCGCAGGCCCAGGAGAUCCUUAAACGGUGCACCACUGUCACCCGCAAGAACGCAGCACGAGGCGGAGCCUCGCCCACACCACCUGAGAUUCUGAGUCGAUGAAGUUUCUAUCAAUGCCAGCAUUGGCUUUAGGAAAAGAGUCAAAGGAUGGACUGAUAGAACUUGCAGAAGA